AUGAAUGAUUUACUAAAUGAACAAAACUUAUUGCGAGUGAAAACAUUGCGAAACCGAUUCCUACGGGAAUCGGAGGCCAACCCACACCUGUAUCAUAGGGUUGAUAUCAAACGUGUAGAGACCGAGGACUGGCAAUUGGAAAGAUUUCUAUCACCGAUAGACACCACCGAUAAUACCGAUGCCGAUGACGAUGAAGCCUACAAUCGACUGGUACGGGCCAUGCAAUGGAAACACGGGUUCGGACUACACGACCGACAGGAUGGCCACUAUCCCAGGGAAUUGUUCGAAAUAUUCGGUUCGGAACAGUAUAGUACCGAUACCGAGGGUAGACUAGUCCUAUGGGUUGUCCAUCGAAACUACCUGAAAAUCGGUGAACUAUCCCUACUGUUUCAUCAGUUUCUCGGUCAUCAAAUCGAGAAACUUGAUCGCCGUGCCGGUAAUCGGGGGUGGAUUACGGCCAACGAUUGCAGCGGUACGGGUAUGGCCAAUGUUGAUAUGUCGUUGGCCAAAUUUCGGGUCGAAUUGUUGAACUACUAUCCCCAGGGUAUGCGCCUAGGGYUGAACAUUGACCUACCUUGGCUAUUGGCACCGGUUUUCCGAUUGAUUAAGACAUUUAUGUCCAAACAUAUCAAAGAUCAGAUACUGUUGAUUAAGCGACACGAGUUGGUUGAUUGGAUACCCGUGGAGGACAUACCCGAGGGGUUUGGCGACAAGAUUUGCGUCCAUUAUAUCAAUUGA